AUGUCGUUCUCGCGGAAUACCCUUGGCCCUUCUGAUGGCGCGUCGUCACAAAACCAAAUGCCCUCCAUCAACGCCGCCUCCCAAUCCGUGGCGUCUACCCCAGCUGCGACGCCUCCGCCUAGACAUUCACAACAGUCGAACAUGUCGAUGAGCUUUCCUAGCAAUGCGGUAUCGCGAAACUCUCUGCAAAGAGCAAGCUUCGGUGGAUAUGAUGAUAACAAUGGGUAUGGCCAGGUGAUGCUCUAUGAAGAAUACAAACCGCAGAUAUAUACAGCUGUUUAUUCCAAUGUAUCAGUGUACGAGAUGGAAGUAAAUGGAGUAGCGGUUAUGCGACGUCGUUCAGACUCGUGGCUGAAUGCGACGCAAAUUCUAAAAGUUGCGGGAGUGAUGAAAGCAAGAAGAACCAAGACGCUUGAAAAAGAAGUGGCCGCUGGUGAACACGAGAAAGUACAGGGAGGCUAUGGGAAAUACCAAGGAACCUGGGUUAAUUACGAGAGAGGUGUUGAACUGUGUCGCCAUUAUCAUGUCUUCGAACUCCUGCGCCCUCUUCUUGAGUAUGACAUGGGCCAGGAUGGUACCGGUCCCGCGGGUCGUGGAGCUGUAGAAACUCCAACCAAGGAGCAGGCCAUGGCGGCCCAAAGAAAGAGGCUCUACCGGACAAUGGACGGGCAAGGGAUGAGUCAAACUCAGCAGGGCACGUAUUUCCAAAACAUCUCGCGCACAGCAGUUAGUGCUGUGAAUGCGAUAAACAAGGCUCGAUUCGAUUCGACCAUGAGGAAAGGGUCAGGUGGCCGACGUUCAAGCAUGAAGGUACCUUCCCAGAUGGGCAGCCAGGAGUCGCAAAUUCAGCCGGCAAGCCAGCAAAGCUUGCAUAGCAUUGCAUCUGACAGCGGCUUUGGUAGCAACAUGCAAAAUAGUCAGCAGACAGCUCUUCUUGAACAUACAGAUGAAGCGGUAGAACCUCCCAGAAAACGCAUGCGCUCGUCAUCUGCUCAGGAAAAGUCGUUUCAGUCGACAAGUGCCAUUCCUCCCCAUACCUCGAUGAUUGAACCGACGCCAACUGAACCCAACGAUUCGUUCUAUCAAAUGCAUCCGGGGGACGCCGGCCCAGAUGGGCCCAUGCGAGGCCUUCACCAUCUUCCUGCUGCGACGACCCCAGACAGAUACCAGAAAAUGAAACUUGUCAUGACCUUAUUCUUGGAUAAACGUGCCAAGGAUUUUUCUAACCACCCUGCUUUCCUUAAUCUAUCUGCCGAGGAUUUAGAGAUACCCUUGGACAAGUACUACAAUAGUGCCCUACACUGGGCGGCUAUGCUUGCUCGGAUGCCUUUGGUGCAUGCCCUCACAGCCAAAGGCGUUAGCAUUUAUCGUUUGAAUGGUGCUGGGGAGACGGCUCUGCAGAAAGCGGUGGGAACUAGGAACAAUCUCGAUUAUCGCAGUUUUUCCAAGCUACUCCACGUACUAUAUCCUACCAUUGAGAUAGUUGACUAUCAUGGGCGGACUGUGCUUCACCAUAUCGCCAUGAUGGCUGCGACUGGCGGCGGAGGGCAUGUUGCUGCAAAACAUUACCUAGAAUCACUUCUCGAGUUUAUUGUGCGCUACGGCGGACCUGCAGGAUCCGUGCAAGCUUCUCUUAAUACAACUGCCAAUGGUUCUAAUGGCCAACAUCAAGUUGAGGUAAUUGGACUUGGCAAGUUUAUGUCUGAGAUGGUAAAUAUCCAGGAUGACCAGGGUGACACGGUGCUGAAUUUAGCUGGUCGUGCGCGGACCGUGCUUGUUCCGCAAUUGCUGGAAGUCGGUGCAAAUCCCCACAUACCAAACAACACAGGGCUCCGUCCUGCAGAUUAUGGAGUUGGGGUCGACAUGGUCAAUGGUGGGCUACAGAAUGGAGAGUCAGAGUCGUUUUCUACUCGGCUUUCUAAGACGCGGCGAGAGUUACUUGACUUAACUAUUUCUCAAGUCACAUCUCUCGUUGAACAAUCGUUUGGUAGUAUUGAUAACGAACUUUCGUCAGGUUUAGGGAGGAAGCAAGAAGAAUUCGAACAAUGGCACAGAAAAAUUCGUGAAAGUGCCAAAGCUAGGCAGAUUGAACAGAAGCAAUUAGAUGACAUGAAGCGAAGAGCCAGAGAUCGCAUCGAACUUGAUAGGCAGAUAAAGAAUCUCGAGCGCGCAUCAGAAGAACUAGCUGCACUCCUCAAGUCACUCCAGGGCGACCAGUUCAAGGCAGAAGUUAUAAAUAUUGGCGAUGCCGAUGACGCUCUUGGGGUUGACAUGUCACAAUUUAGCACACUUUUCCCGGAAGACUUCGACAUCUCAACGGCCGGUGGGUUUUCAGACCAGCAAGUUACGUUCCUCGAAUCAUUGCCGGGUAUUGAAAUCCUAACAUCCCAGCUUGGAUGCUACCGCGAUCACAACGAUGAAGUAUGCAAAGAGCUGGAGAGUCUGAAAUCGAAAAAUGUAGUCUUGGGCGAGAAUUAUCGGCGGAUGGUCAUGGCUUGCACGGGGUGGACUGAAGAACAGGUGGACGAAGCGGCGGACGGCCUGACAGAGUGCAUUAAGGAUCUAAACGAGCACCCUCUGCCGGAGGACGUUGCGAUCGAGAUUCUCAUGAAGGAUCGCGGUCAGGACUGGUAA